UUUCGAAUAAUCGAUCUCCAGCAACGCCAUCUUUAAUCAUCAACUACUACCACUAUCAACCAAAAGAUAUUUGACAAUUAGAAAUAAAGACCCUGUACUAAUUACAAACUAUGAAACAGUUAAGAAAUAAGGUUACUCUUACGGUUCGUUUUAUCUAAAUAUCUAUCUUCCUCAUUUCAAUCGUAAAUUCCAUUUAUUUUAAGAAGAGUUCGUAGUCUUCGCAAAAAUUACAUAUUCAUACGUCGAUACCAGUUGUGUAUCUUUGACUGCGAUCUCGAUAUGCGACAGUGUUAAUUUUAGAAAUACCAAAAAAGUCGCAAUAUUAUUCCAACUAUGUUCGCGUAUAGACGUAGGUUUUCUGUCCUUGUUCAAUAUUUAGACACGCGCCAAAUCGACACGGAUUCCGCAUAACCUCGAACAGUAAAAUUAGAACCACACGAAAAAAGUAUCUUCCUCUCUUAAUAAAAGAUCGUCCAAUUUAUUUUUAAUUUGUGAAUGAAAUUUUGUGACUGAAUUAAAAAAAAGAACAAUAAAAUUCAGAACAAGAGCAAAAGUGUCUUCCUUGUAAACAAUAAACUUUUGUCUGUUUUUAUAACAAUUAACAAAUAACAACAAAUUCCCAGUUACCCAACAAUUCACCUUACCGUUACAACCGUUACACUCGCAACACAUAUCGAAGUGAAAUUCGCUAACGUUAUGAUCGAGGAUGAACUCCGUUGCCACCUUCCGUUCGCUAUGCUGCUACGAACAUGACGAUCCUCACGUAAGCAUCCGUCGAAAAAGCAACGGACGAAGAACGGUUGUCCGGCUCGUUCGCCAGGAACAUGAAAUUCCUGCUGCCGGUUCUGAUCGCGCACGUGUUACAGUGCGCGGCUGCGAAAUCCUGGAACAGCGACAAUUAUCCCGAGGAGACGUUCAGCGUGUUCGGCUGGAUCGGUUAUCUGAAACGUCUGGCUAUCGUGGGGUUUAUGCUAGCCGGUGUCGUUCUGUAUUACAUUCCGGAAUCACGACCACACGCGCGUAGAAUUUGCUAUUCCUUGAUCGACAUCACAGCGAACGUUCUGAAAUCCGUGUUAGGCACUGCUGAGGACGAUGAAAUGUACGAGAAGAUCAAAUCGAAAUGUCAUCGUAUUCGAUACGAGCAAAAUUUGGCUGCUCAGAAACGUGUGUCGAAGGAGGUCGCGGUCGACGAUGAGGAUUUUAGGUACGUGCACAGGAGUCAGGGAAAGAGGGCGAAAAUGUUCGUCGACGGUGAUGGAUUACCUAUAGGGGGCAGAGAAAAGAAAAAAAUAAACGCGAAACAUAGCAAGGAGCAUCGACAGUCUCGUCAACGUCUACGCAGCAGCAUUAUUAAAGAAAUUUCUGGUGAUCCUUCAAGCGAAAUUGUAAAACCGGUCUACUUUUAUUCGGACAAAUUGGAGGACCUGCAAAAAUAUUUUAGGAGUGACUUGUACAAUGGAAAACGACUGAGUGACGCCACGCUUGAAAAUUAUGCACUUUUGAUUAGUGGAAAUCCGCGACAAAUGGCAAUGUUAGACGACAAAUGCGUGAAAGAUGACGUUAUCAUUGUUCAGGAUCCUUAUCUAAAAUUAAAAUACAAAGAAUGUGGAACUUCGACUGAAAAAUUGUCGGCCUUAGCAGAAAUCUCAGGUUCGGAACAUGAAGGACCUACUAGAGAUUACAACAAUGCAACAGAACUGGCAAUGGAAUCAUACGUUAAGGACGUCGAAUUGAGUUCCAUACCCGAAGGAGAUUCUAAAUGUUCCGUCAGUAAACCAUUUUACAAAAGUCAGUACCAAUGUGGUGGAGAAUGUUGCGGCAACGAAUGUUUCACACCUUCGGUCGAGUUAAACAGCAGAGACAUUCUCGCUACUUCAUCCGACACAAAGAAUGUACUAAAAUCUCGAAGUACGAUGAGCUCAAAGCUGCACGAAAUGACAGAAGAGAACAACGGAAACUUGCAUGUCACAAGUUACGCCAAGUACAAUCACGAAGAUGGUCGUUUUAUGAAGUCGAGUAGUUUAAAUAAUCGCAAAGUUGACUUUCGAAAGGAGAGCACAGAUUUUCAUGAGUGUGAAGAAAAUGGACACCGAUACGAAAACACGUGCAGGAGACAGAAGUCUAAAACCAGUAAUUCGUCGAAAGGUUUUGACUGUAAUGACGUUCCUUAUUUCACCGAUCGAAGUGCAGAAGCUGACGACGAAAUUUCUCAUCAUGGAGAACGAAUUACUAGGAAACAUGAUCUUGACGAGAAACCUCAGAGAGAGAAUUAUUUAUACAUGAAAAGUUCGGAGGAUUCCAUCUUCGAGCACGUUUGCGAGGAUUUUGGUUCUGAACCUAUUUUGAAAAACCGAGUGAAACCUGCAUUACUGCGAGCAGUAAAUUGGAUAUUCGGUGGUUGUCCAGAGGCGUCGAAGUGCACGAAAGUCGGAAAGGAAGAGAACCACGAAGACAACAGCGAGUGGCUCCACUAAUUAACAACCUAUUCAUUGUCACGCACUCGAACCGUCGGCAAAAUAAGAAUUCUACUAUAUCGAGUCUCUCUCAAAAAUUGUACGAAAAUCAUUUCUAUCAAUUUUCACCACUGAGGUUGCUAUUUUGAAUAAAUAAUAAAAGUCUCGUACUUGACCGCUUGUUAAUUGUCCAACAAAUAACUGAACACUCGGUUGUUUUUUAUGUUGCUUCUUAUAAUAUGAUAUAUUUAUUCAAUCAUUGUCUUUUGAUGUAAAUGUGGUACAUAAAGCAGUGCAUUUAAAAGAUUAA